AUGGACAAUGAUCAUCAAGAAUUAGAGAGCGAGGAAACGGUAAUGGAAGAAGAUGAUGAAAAAAACACGCAGUUGAAUGCACAAAAUACCAAAUUUGUCUCCGAACAGCAAUUUUGUUUUAGGAUAUUAUUUUUAGUAUCUAUAGGUAUUUUCAUUUCACUUGGAUUCUUUCUAGCAAGCUCAAAUACUUCAAACUCUUAUGUAAAUAAGUUCAAAGCUAUUUUGAGCAGUUUAAUUGGUAGCAUACUCUUGAAACGGAUUUUUUUAACAAACAUCCGAACUGAUAGAACGUCCUCUCUUGACUAUGCUUUAUCCACUCAAAAAGUAAAGGAAAGAAUCAAUGAAAUGUUUGCUUUUGAAGCACAUUAUUAUACCAGUGUUUCUGCCAAAACCAUUUUUCAUGAGCUGAAACGUUUCGCCUUUGAGUUUUGGUUUCGCCCAAAACCUGAAACCUUUGAAAUAGUCAAAAUCUCCAAAAUGGCUUGCAAAACCUCAGAAGCUGGUGAAACCUCCGAAACUUGGUGA